CUAUUUACCAUUAUGCCACUCCUACUCUUCGAGCAGCCGUGUUGCGUUACGCCGCUGGUAUAAGUAGUUUCGAUGUCCGUCUCCCUACUCUCCGAGCAAGGGAAACUGGCGAGACGUCGCACGGGACUCGCGAGGUGCUGCUCUAAUGGCGGAUUCGCGUUGCGAGUCGUGAUUCUUUGCUUCGUUGAAGUUCCCUUCUUGGCGAACAACCGCUGCUCGUUUUCGCUUUUCGUGCGAGCCUGGGGUGGGAGGCGAGCGAGGAAUCAGAAGCUUGGAUUUGUGGAGUGAGUGAGACCGAACGACUCCGAGCUCCUUUGAUUCCCUCGUGGGUUUCUUGUUCCAGGCAAGUUUCGAUCCCCGAGUGCGAGAGAGAACAGAACCUCUGUUUCUCUUUGCUGCUCGUCGGAUUUCGCUGUCUGCUUGGGUAAUCGCCUUGGAAUCGCUUUGCUUGUCGCCUCCGGAGAAAGAUCCAAAGCGAGCUUCCUCUUUUCCCGGUCUUUGCGGUGCUCCCCUGUGCCAGUGUGGGAAAAGUUCGGAUUUUUCCUGUCAUUUUUGCUUCUUCUUUGAUGCUGUUCACUGUUUAAGGAGUUGGAUUCGAGGCGUUGGAGCUUGCGGGUGAGGUUUGGUGCGAACAUGUCGGAUUUGCAGAUGGAUUCCGACGGCGAGUCGGGCCAGGUUGUGCUGAACUCGAGCCAGAGCUCAAUGAGCAGCAGCGGUGGCAGCUGCGAGGACCGUCGCAGUAGCUUCUGCCGCUUUUCCUUCGAUGAUGCUGCGCCGGCGGUGGGCGUCGAGCUCCCCUCCGCUCCCUCGCGGCUGUCUUCGAAGCCCCACCGCUCGUCCGACGCCGCCUGGGCGGCCAUUUGGUCGCGCGCCGUCGACGCCAACCUCGGGCCCCGGGAUUUCAAGCUCGUCCGCCGCAUCGGGAGCGGAGACAUUGGGACCGUCUACCUCUGCCGCCUCCGCGACGAGGCCUCUCCGUGCGCGUACGCGAUGAAGGUGGUGGACAAGCUGGCGCUGAAGAAGAAGAAGAAGCUGGAGAGGGCGGCGACGGAGAAGAGGAUCCUGCGGGUCCUUGACCACCCCUUCCUCCCCACCCUCUACGCCGACUUCGACGCGUCUCCGCAUUUCUCCUGCGUGGUGAUGGAGUACUGCAGCGGCGGUGACCUCCAUACCCUCCGCCACCGCCAGCCCCGCCUUCGCUUCUCCGUCGCCGCCACCAGGUUCUACGCGGCGGAGGUGCUGCUCGCGCUCGAGUACCUCCACAUGCUCGGCAUCGUCUACCGCGACCUCAAGCCCGAGAACAUCCUCAUUCGCGCCGAUGGCCACAUCAUGCUCUCAGACUUCGACCUCUCCCUGGAGUCGACCGCCUCCCCUACAAUCGAACCCCUCGUCGCCGCCGCCUCCAGUGAGGCGGCGGCCGUCGGCUGCGACGACCACUUCCGCGCCGAUCCCUCCUGCCUCCCCUUUCGCGGCCGGCGGGCGCCCCGCCGCGCAUCGAAGGCGGACCGGCGGUUCGUGGCCGAGCCGGUGGGCGCCCGGUCUCGCUCCUUCGUGGGGACACACGAGUACGUCGCCCCAGAGGUCGCCGCCGGCCGGCCCCACGGCAGCGCCGUCGACUGGUGGGCCUACGGGAUCCUCAUCUACGAGCUACUCUACGGCCGCACCCCCUUCGCGGGGCCCACCAACGAGUCCACCCUCCGCAACAUCGUGAGGCAGCCACUGGCCUUCCCCAGGCCCCCCUCCGACCCCUCCUCCUCCUCCUCCUCCUCCUCGGCCGCGAGGGACCUGAUCGCCGGCCUUCUCGCCAAGGACCCGGCCACCCGCCUCGGCUCCCGGCGCGGCGCCGCCGACGUCAAGGCGCACCCUUUCUUCAAGGGCCUCAACCUGGCUCUCAUGCGCUCCCGCCGCCCCCCGGUCGUCCCCUCUUCGGCCCGGUCCAGCUCGUCCAACGAGCCCAAUAAACCUGCCCGGCUCGAUUACUUCUAGCCGAACCCCCCUGCUUUAAAAAUCGUGCUGGCCUCCUUGAGAUCACGUAUGACUUGCUUGUCUCUGCAAUCGCCGCUGUUCGCUAUCGUGUAUGUAUAUGUUCUCAGGCUACCAUUGCUAUGUUGUGAGUUGGACUCCAUUAGCAGCA